AUGGAUUUUUUAUUUGUGACUGUUCCUUGCUUGCUUGAUUCGAUCCUCUGUGAAAGACGAAAUCCUAAAUCAGAUGCCGUCUGCUUUUACAAUGCAGCCGAAAGUUACCACGUUUACCUGAUGCCGGUCCCCUUUCUUGCAGCAGACGUGUUCUGCGAAGUCUCCUCGUCUAUGGACGGUGGCAAGCGAGAGUUUCAGUGGAUCCCGCACGACAUUUAUCCAAGAAAAAAACUUUUUCUCUGUAACUUUUCUCGAGAGCAGCAAGGGCAACAUCACAAAAUUCUCGCUGCGUGUUAUAACUGUAUCUAGAACGGGCUGCCGCUCCGCGACCGGCGCCCUGACGACGAGGGAGCGCAAGUUGAAGCGAGGAGAGAAAAGCACACCGAGCCAGACACCAUGGCAUCGCCUCAGUGUUCGUGGCAAUAGACGGACAACCAAAGAGUGCCGCCGUUGACCUUUCCUGAUGCGGGGGGAAAAUACCGGCAGGAUGCAGCGCUUGGGGGGCAACGAAGCUUACGUUCGCGACUUUUUUGCGAAUCCUCGCAAACAAGGCUGGCGCAAAGGUAUUCAAAACCUUUGCAAAGAUCCGCCAUGCGUCGCCGCCCUAGAAACACGGGCACCCACCUGUACCGAAAGCAGCAAAGAGGGGGGGCGUAGAGCCAAAGGGCCGGCGUCAAGCUAUGCGAGGCGACGGGGUUCCGGCGCAAAGGCCUGGGGGCUCCUGCAAAAAAACGGCCGAGAAGCACGGGAUGCGGUGACAAGCUAUGAUAUAGAACCAAGACAGAGGCGAUCGCAGCCAAAACGAUGGGAAGCCCACUGCCCGGGCCGAAAAGCCCGCGGCAAGCGACUCAAGGCCCGGCCGCAGUGGCCAAAAUGCAGGACGCAGCCAGACGGCAAACCCAAAAAACCUAACACAGCAAAGGCGUUGAAGUGCGCUAGGGCGUCGGGGCCGGAAAGUCUCUGCGCCGGCGCUCGCGCAAGGAAGUCCGGCCUCCAGAGCCGUAGGCCGCGGGGAGCAGAACGAUCGGAUCCAUCGAAGCCAACUCCUGGGGCCGCCUGGAUACCGAAGUUGGGCGCGCCAAGAUGGCCCCGGAGGCAGCCGAGCCCAGCCAUGGGCCACCAGUCGCGCCCGGCCAGGCGCCCGAAGGGAAUGGAGACUGGGCCCCAAACAGAGCAGGCCAGCAUGCCCGCGCGCCACCCCGGGCAUGAGAAAGGGGUCAGAUCGGCGGGCGGCGCGCACUCUUUUGCCUGCCUCCGAGCCGCGCCCACUAGUAGCGCAGGGUCCUUCGUGCGUGUCCUGUGCCGUCAGUAAUUAUUCCAUAGUGCCCUUUGUGUGCAUUUGCAUUUCUAGCAGUGGAGGAAGGCAAGUUGCAGUUUGUCAUGAGUUUCCAAGGAAACACACAUUGCUGUGUCGUGUCUUCGGCAACAGUACUCAGAGUAGUUUCUUUCUUGGAUGAAAUUUUUCAGGCAGGACCGCUUUCAGGUAUAGCUGGAGACGUUUGCUUUGGGAAUUUUCAUUAUUCGUAUAUUUUUUAGAGCGCUGCAAGCGAAGACUGGAAGGAUCAUAAGCUCACGCAGCUAAAAAACAACACCAUCGAGGGUCAGAAAAAUGCUUCGGCUCAAAUAAAGCAGUACAUUCAACAUUGCGUAGCUCGCAUCCAGAGCCGGGCGCUGUUUGCGCAGUUGACGGGCGUCGAAGUGCAGAAGAUCGUGCAGGGAUGGUCACAGAUUCUGGAUCGCGAGCGGCCAAACACUUUUGAGGUGAUGAAGUAAGGGGCUGUGUCCUUCCUUGGAAACGGAAACUGGUGCAACGGUCUGCCUCAGGAAGAUGAAGUGUGUUACUUCGCUGAGAUUACCGCUCCCAUCAAAGAUGCAUGCAACUACCUGCUUCUGCUUGUUUCGAGGACAAAAGAAAACGAAGAGAAAAAUUUUUUAUGAUUAUAUAUAGUAUUCUUUUACACUUAGAGUUACGCUUAGAUAUACUUAUAGAUCGCCAUUGCCUUGCGGUUGCGCUCACGCGACCAGAACGAAGGACCUCCACGCGGUCGCUAUGUUUUCAACCGCGUUCUCCAUCGUGUUCGUGUGUGAUAGUGGUCCUAUGUAAGACGAGAAGGCGCGGCUCAGUAGGACACACCUUAACAAAGUAGAACUGUAAAUUCUUGGGUAAAAUCCUGGCAAAAAGAUUUGGGCCCCUUGUUCGGCCGACGAGGCUUUUCCGUUCGGCGCUCAGUGCGAAUGCUUUGCGCACUUCCUCGCGGAAACUUGUUGCCGCUUUCCGUGGCGUCGCAUCGCCCCAACUCGAAAAGCGCUGCUGGAUUGGGCUGCCUUCAACUGACCCGGACGACAUAAAAAUGAUCUGGCACCCGGGUAAAUUCAGCGGGAUAAGAAGAUAUAAACUCGCAAACUCGUGAGAGAGUGCUUUGACUAGCGUAAAAAAUAGGGUAAAAAGUAGCGUAAAAACUAGCCUAAAACUCCCCCCCCGGGAAGUCGGGAAGUAUUUCCCGCCCCCGAGUAAAGUACGGCGGCAGGCGAUUAGUUUUAAAAAGACAUUGCAAACCUAAAACGAUUUUCCCGUAGUUUUUUCCGGUGAAAAAAAAGUCCGCUUGCCCCGAUACACGAUGUCACUUCCCGCUUCCCGCUCCUUUUCUUCUUUUCGUUCGUCCAUUGUGCAGGCGCAAAACCAAUGCACAGGCCUCGCGCCGUCGGGACCGGCUAGGGUUGGCGCAUUUUUUGCAACCUGAAAUGGCGCCGAGAGUAAUAUUGUUAUAUUACUACGCGCCGGACAAUUUUAACGGCUUAGGCUUUUCGUUAGGGUCGAUUUUACAGAAGUGCAAUGUUAUGGCGAGUCCUACUGAGGCGCCUGCGUCUCCUGUAGCGAGAAAGUUACUGCGAGCACUUUCCGAAUCGCUUCGGUAUUGGCUCACUGUAUUGCAGAGGUCAGGUGAUUGGUUUCGAUAGUCAAGUGUAUGUGGCACUAGCCACGGAGGCUUCGCCUGUAGUAAUGAGAAGACGAGGGUAAUUAAAAUUAUGCAGCUAGAUGUAGAUCGAAUGCGAACAACAAAGUAGUAUAACAAAGCGACCGGCUACUGCUAAAAAUCUCUGAGGACGUGUUAAGUGCUACUUCAAAAGAAUAAAAGAAACCAAGCGCCAUCGCCCAGUCCUGUUUUGGUUUGCUACCAGAGAAGGUGCGCCAAAUUCCAUCGCUCACCAAAUGAAAAAACGGC